AUGGCAGAUAGUCCAGUAUCGUUUUUAUUGGACAAGCUGACAUCCUUACUUCAAGAAGAAGUGAAUCUGCUAAGGGGGGUUCGUGAAGAUGUUCAGUACAUCAAAGAUGAACUUGAACGCCACAAGGCCAUCUUAAGGAUGGCUGAUGCUCUGGAAGACAAAGACCCUGAACUCAAAGCAUGGGUUAAACGAGUGAGAGAUAUUGCUCAUGACAUGGAAGAUGCUAUAGAUGAAUUCAACCUUUGCCUUGUUGAUCAACAUGGCCAAGGCAACAAUUCUUCUUUUCAUAAGUUUGCUUCUUCCUUAAAGACCAUGAAAGCUAGGCACCGGAUUGCUACAGAUAUACAAGGUAUCAAAUCCAAAGUGGAAAUUAUCUCAAAGGGACGUCCCAGCAUGUAUGGGAGAGGUUCAAGUUCGAGUCAAAAGUUGUCACCAAGGCUUGAAAGCCAAGGAGAUGCGCUUCUGCUAGAGGAAGCUGAUCUAGUUGGUAUUGACAAACCCAAGAAGCAGCUGAGUGAUUUGCUUUUCAAAGAUGAAGCAGGUCGUGCAGUAAUUCCAAUUUAUGGAAUGGGAGGGUUGGGGAAAACAACAUUGGCAAAACAAGUCUAUGAUGAUCCAAAAGUGAAGAAGCGUUUCAGGAUUCAUGCUUGGGUUAAUGUUUCUCAAUCUUUCAAGAUAGAAGAGCUCCUGAAGGACCUUGUUCAACAGCUCCAUAAUGCGAUUGGCAAACCAGCUCCUGAAGCAGUUGGACAAAUGAAAAGUAACAAGCUAAAAGAAGUGAUCAAGAACUUGCUUCAGCAAAGCAGGUACCUCAUUGUGCUUGAUGAUGUAUGGCAUGUGAAUGUUUGGGAUUCUGUCAAACUUGCUUUGCCUAAUAACAACCGUGGCAGCAGAGUAAUGCUUACCACACGCAAGAAAGAUGUUGCCUUGUCUUCAUGUGCUGAAUUCGGUAAGCAAUUCAACCUUGAAUUCUUACCUGAGCAAGAAGCUUGGUCUCUUUUCUGUAGGAAGACAUUUCAGGGCAACUCAUGUCCUCCUCAUCUGGAAGAAGUAUGCAGAAGUAUCUUGAAACUGUGUGGGGGGUUGCCACUGGCAAUUGUGGCAAUCAGUGGUGCUUUGGCUACAAGAGACAGGACAAACAUAGAAGAGUGGCAAAUGGUAUGCAGAAGUUUUGGUUCUGAAAUUGAAGGCAAUGACAAAUUGGAGGAUAUGAAGAAAGUUCUUUCCUUGAGUUUCAAUGAGUUACCUUACUAUCUUAAAUCCUGUUUGUUGUACCUAAGCAUCUUCCCCGAAUUUCAUGCUAUUGAGCAUAUGAGAUUGAUUCGCUUAUGGAUAGCUGAAGGGUUUGUCAAAGGAGAAGAUGGAAAGACACUGGAGGAAGUUGCAGAUAGUUACCUCAAGGAGCUCCUGGACAGAAGUUUGCUGCAAGUGACAACAAAAACCAGUGAUGGCAGGAUGAAGACUUGUCGCAUGCAUGAUCUUCUAAGGGAGAUUGUGACUUUGAAGUCAAAGGAACAAAACUUUGCAACAAUAGCCAAAGAACAAGACAUAAUCUGGCCAGAGAGAGUUCGACGCCUAUCAGUCAUAAACACAUUACAAAACGUGCAACAAAAUAGGACAACAUUCCAACUUCGUUCUCUGCUAGUGUUUGCCUUAUCAGAUUCACUUGACCAUUUCUCUAUACCUACAUUAUGUUCCACUGGUUUUAAGUUACUCACGGUGUUAGAUUUGCAGGAUGCACCUUUGGAGGUUUUUCCUGCUGAAAUUGUCAAUCUUUAUCUUCUGCAGUAUCUAAGUUUGAAGAACACAAAGGUGAAGAACAUUCCAGGUUCCAUUAAGAAGCUGCGGCACCUGGAGACAUUGGAUCUUAAACACUCCUGUGUCACUGAAUUGCCAGCUGAAAUUGUGGAGCUAACCAAAUUACGCCAUCUUCUGGUGUAUCGUUAUGAAGUUGAAUCCUAUGCUUAUUUCCACUCAAAGUAUGGCUUCAAGGUGGCUGCCCCAAUAGGACAUAUGCAAUCUUUGCAAAAGCUAUGUUUUAUAGAGGCAGACCAAGGAAGUAAAGCCUUGAUGAUUGAGCUUGGAAGACUCACUCAACUUAGGAGGCUGGGAAUUAGAAAGAUGAAGCAAGAAGAUUGUGCUGCUUUGUGUUCAUCCAUUGAGAAGAUGAUCAAUCUCAGAUCACUGUCUAUAACUGCAAUUGAAGAUGAUGAGAUAAUUGAUAUACACAACAUUUCAAGGCCUCCUCAGUAUCUUCAGAGGUUAUACUUGAGUGGACGUUUAGAGAAGCUGCCCCAUUGGAUAAGUUCUCUCAAGAACUUGGCCCGAGUGUUUCUUAAAUGGAGCAGGUUAAAGGAGGAUCCUCUGGUGCAUCUUCAAGAUUUGCCAAAUCUAAGACAUCUUGAGUUUCUUCAGGUGUAUGUUGGUGAGACAUUGCAUUUCAAGGCAAAGGGGUUUCCAAGUCUGAAGGUGUUAGGCCUUGAUGAUUUAGAUGGGCUGAAAUCUAUGAUAAUGGAGGAAGGAGCAAUGCCUGGUCUUAAGAAGCUCAUCAUCCAGCGCUGUGAUUCAUUCAAGCAGGUACCAUUAGGCAUUGAACACCUAAGUAAACUAAAAAAAAUUGAGUUUUUUGAUAUGCCUGAAGAAUUGAUUAAGACACUGCGUCCAAAUGGAGGAGAAGAAUACUGGAGAGUACAACAUGUCCCAGUUGUUUAUUCCACAUAUUGGAGGGAUGGUGGUUGGGAUGUCUACUCAUUAGAGACUUCUGGGGAGAGAGAGAAUGAUUCCAGUCAUAGUGCUGCAAUGAGAAGUCUUGAACUUCGUACUCUCUGGAAGGUUUAACUUUGAUUUUGAUAUUAUUAUUUUAACAUAAUGCAUAUGCGAGUGAUGAUGGCAACUUGUUGUUUUCCAUCAGGUUGCAUAUGUAAGUGAUGGUAAUUUUUUGUUUUCCAUCAGAUUGUAUUCGUAAGUGGCAGCAAAUUUCUU